AUAUUUUUUUUCUCCUCCAGGACAUACAGCCAUCACCAAUGCACUGUAUGAGUAUACCAUUGAAACGUGGAAAUCCUCUCCUCUUUUUACUUCAGAAGAAAAAAUUAAUCUUUACCAGUUUCCUUAUUAAUUGUGAAUGACAAGAAACAAUUAUCUGUUUCAGAAUGACCUGCUCUUACUCAUAUCGCUUUACACUUGGUACUGGGACAAAUAUCUCCUCAGGAACCCAACCACAAGUAAGUAUCCAAUAUGUCUUUCCAGGAACCCAACCACACACACAUAUAAAAAAAAGACUGUCGGAUGCCUUUGAAAAACGCAUUAAAUCUGUGGAAAGCAACAGAUAUCAGAGAUCUAAAUCUGAGGGAUAUCGAUUACCAUACAUUGAGAAGUGGUAUUCGAUCAGCAAUUUUCCACGUCUUUUUUACCACCAUCAGUUGGUCUCUAAGCUUGCAACAAAGAUGAGAAAUUUCAGAUCAUCGGCUCAGAUCAUUGCACCAUUAAGUGUCCAAAAGGUCCAGCUUUACCUAGCCGGGGAUAUUACUAAAGACACUGAGAAGCUAAUUUCCUCCUCGAAUGAAGAGCAAGAAACUUCUUCUUUGAAUGGUGAACAACGAUGGCCUGUUUCCGCGCUUAUCUAUUUUCAAAGUGAGAAUGAACCCUUAAAACGAAUACAAGAGAUUCUCAACUCCAUACGACCAGUUGUAUGGACAAAGGCUUAUAUAGUCCUCAAUAAAGCUGGAAGACCAUCUCUAUCUGGGGACGAAUUUCAAUCAAAAUACUCGAUCCUCUCAAGAAAAAAGAAAUGCGUUCGAGAAGCUCUAACCUCUUUCCUAGAAACUCCUUUGAAGAAAUGCAUUGAAGGGUUUCUUGAAGAAUUGAAUGUUUACGAAGGAACGAGUGAAGAAAUACCAAAAAUGCUGAAUGAAUACAAAUCAGUUUUAUCACAAAUGUCACCGACGGAAAAUGAAACGCAGAUCCCAGAAACGAUUAAAAACUUCCUUUUUGAGAGACCAGACGUACAAGGCUUUGGUAUCUGGGAAACAUCAGAGUUUAGGAUAUUUUUAAGAAACGAAACAAACAUUGAAAUUUUAAAAUCUGAACUAUACGAACUUGAGCCUGAAUUCUUAAAUAGUAUGUCACUACACAUCGUGUCUGGUGAAGUGAAAAUAUGCAGUCAUGUGAAACAAGGAGAAAAGGUUUACUUACAAAAAACUGGUGAAAAUUCAAAACCAUCCUAUGCAACAGCUGGAGCUCUUCUGAGAGACAGUCUUGGUCCAGACGAAUUGUAUGGAUUGACGUGCCAUCAUGCAUUACCUAGGGAGAAAGAAUUUGUAUACGUUCCGUCUGGAGAAUCUAAGCAACUUUCCCAAGUCGGAGAAUGCAUUUAUUCAGAUCCAGAACCUUUCCACGAUUUUGCCGUUUUUCAAAUAGAUAAAGACAAACGUAGAAACUGUGAUACGACCUUUCUGAAUGGAAUGGAAAAACCAUGCAAUGUAAAUAUUUACGAGGGACCCCUACCGUCAAAUGCUGUCGUACAUAAAAAGGGGGCAACAACUAAUCUUUCUGACGGUCGAAUCAUCAGCUCAGAGUUCUAUUAUAAAUUGUUUGAAAAUAGAAGUGAAAUGUUUCUAGUCUCGAGUUUAAACUCCGAUGAGUGCCCCUUUUCUUUAAAAGGGGAUAGUGGGUCAGUUGUUUUUCAACACGACAGAUCCCCUGACCAGAGGUCUGUUCAUGCUUUGGGUCUGGUGACUGGAGGGAUAGAUGAAGUCCGAGACGAAAGUCUUACAGAUCUCCGGAAUUCAACAGUUUGCUUACGACUUAAUAAAGCUCUUUCUCGCCUUUCUGAAAAGAAGCAGUUGGACUUGGAAUUUGAAAACUCUUGUCGCGUAUCUUCAAGUUCAGAUGAAAGUGUAUGAAAUGAAAAUUGCUGUCUUAUUCCUCUACGUGAUACUUUCAGAAUGUUGUUUCUUAGAUUAGCUCUUCCAGCAUACCAAAAAGAACUCAGUUAUAGUUUACAAUAGACUUUACUCUUUAUAUGGUGUGUAAGAAUUGUACAAAAAAGUAAAUGAGAUUUUUUCAAAGCGAAUUGGAUUUUGACAAUUUUAAUUAUAGUUUAGAAAUAUAAGUUACUAAAGCAAUACAUUUAGAUUUUUACCUUUUCAUUUUUUUCUAUUUGAAGAUAUUAGUAGGUGCCAAUCAUGGAGUUUUUUUUCCCUGGCAUUUAUAUUUCCCCACUACUGAGGGAUUCCAAUCCCUAGAUUUAGCCAUAGAUUGUUUAGUUGUCCAUUUUCUUUUCUAUGUUUAAAUUUUGAAAUUGUAGAAUUUCGGACACAAGAAAAAAUAACAUGAUAUUUCUCUCUAAUUUUUACAUGAAUAAUAUUUAUCAACUAAAGCAUGUUUCUGAUGAUUGUAAUAAAGACUAAUGUACA